UCGAAGCGAAUUCGUAACCCUCAGCCAUUGAAAUUGUCCUCUUCGAAUAUUCAGAAUAUUCUCUCACACCAAACCGCCUACUUUCAAGUACAGGGCAGUACAAUCCACCACCCAAAACCCAUCAUGGACACCUUCCGCCAGAUCCUGCAGGCAGCCCGCCAGUCCAACUACGGGCGGUACCUCGUCGAAGAAGACGCGGUCUUCGAGUCCGUCGCCGGCGCGGUCCAGCAGCACAUGAGCCAGUACGACGCCUCCCACGACUUCCACCACGUCCUGCGCGUCGUCGCCCUAUCCUCGAAGAUCCUGGCCGCCGAGUUCGAGGCCGAGUCCGAGCGCCACGAAUGGUACCGGCCCGACCUCAUUCUUCUGAGCGCCCUGCUCCACGACGUCAACGACAAGAAAUACGCCCCCCCGCCGUCGACCUCCGGGGAGGAGCAGGUGUCCAAAGUCGCCGUCGUGCUCCGGGAGGCGGGCGUCGCGGAGGACGAGAUCGAGCACGUCGAGCAGGUGGUCAACCAUGUUUCGUACUCGACGGAAGUCAAAAACCCCGAGAAGGUGAGGGAGGUCCUGGAGGAUUAUCCGGAUCUGGCGGUGGUGCAGGACGCGGAUCGGUUGGAUGCCCUGGGCGCGAUUGGGGUGGGCAGGAUGUUUACGUAUGGCGGUGCGAGGGUUCCGGAUGCGAGUAUGCAGAGGUCGCGCACUCAUAUUGAUGAGAAGUUGGUGAAGUUGGGGGGGAUGAUGAAGACGGACGUGGGGCUGAAGAUGGCUAAAGAGCGGACUGAGAGACUGGUCACUUUCAGCAAGUGGUGGGAUGAGGAGGCUGCCUUGUUUGAGCCGGAACUAUAGGUUGCAAGGUUGAUUGUGGGUUGUGAGAGGUUCGGGGUAGGUUUACCAAGAACUGGAGAGAUAUAUCUUUCGUUACCCAUUGUUCUUGGGGCUGGUCAUUGUCAUAGCAAGGUUGUGCGUAGAAUUUGUAUUCGUCUUCCGUGUAGCAAUGCUUAUC